AUGUCUGGUGCUCCGUCUCACUGGGCGAAAGAUUCUCUUGAAGAAGAUCGUGUAGAAACACUCAUCAGAGGAACUGGUUGUUGGGAUCAACACUUAGCUGUGGUGGAUUGUAUGGGAGACAAGAGUGACUGGCGGCAGUGUCAAGAGCAGGUACAGCAAUUCAAGGAGUGCAUGACGAAGAGGAAGCCGCAGGCAGAGGAAAAGAAGAUGUUAUCCGAUUUGUUUGCUAAUUUGGAGAUCGACGAAGCUGAGACUAACAAGGAGCGAGGGAGGCAGUGCACUCCUAAAGAUUAUUUAGCUGAAAUUCACUAUGUUGGAUGGUUUCUCAAUAGAGCUCCAUUAAGUCUAGAUAAAGCGGAUGAAGAUAGGGACCUUAUCAGUUACAAAGCUGCAUAUUUUUAUCACCAUAGAAAAUAUAAUGAAGCAUUAGACGAAUAUAUUGCCCUUUUUUCGGAGUAUAAACACAGUCGUACUCAUACCGUGGCUGUUAUCGACUCACUUAUUCCUUCGUUUCCUGUAGAAGAAAUAUUAUCUUACCUUCGUGAGUACGAGCAGUGUGCUCUCGACUAUGGCGACCAAUUGCAAUAUUUGAGCAUGAAAAAAGAUGUAUAUGCCGUUAUUUCCCUACCGGAUGCUUCACAGAAUUUCAUAGACACGGUCUGUCUUCUUUGUGCCUCUGUGGAUUUGCCCGAACAUUGGUUAGCGUUUGGGCAAAGGCACUCUCUGGAAUGUAGGCAACAACUUUCGUAUAGGCUAUGUAACCAGGGCACAUUUAUUAUUGGAACGGCAUUUGAAACAUGCUCACGGCUUCGUAAACCGGGUUGUAAACAAAAAGAUGAUGGAUCUACUUCUUUGUUGCAGAUCGAGGAAGCACGGCAGAAAAUGGGUUUCGACAUGGUUUCUCAUGACGAAGUUGUAGAGACGAGCGAAGAAAAAUCUCUGCCCGUUCACGACAUCCGCUCGAAAAUAGAGGUUUACAAAUCAGCCGAGGAGUGUGAGAUCAUAAUUAAGCGUUUCAAAUGCAAGUUCAGCUGGAUGUUUGAAGGAUGUGCACUGCGA